AUGACUGACCAGUCCGAUCGAGCUGCUGGAAGGCUGGGACCCGAACCGCAGGACACUCCCGACACUGCGCCCGACGAUGAAGCUGUUAACGACCCGGAGACCCCUGUAGCUGAUGGCCGUGGAGAGCUCGUAAGUCUAGAGGGAAAUGAGCCAUGCGCCGCUUCCGCUGGCCAAGGACGUGGAGAUGACGACAGUGAAGGGGAGCAACCAGAAGAGGAAGAGGAAGAAAAUGAUGAGGAGGAUGAGGAGGAUGAGGAUGACGAAGACGACGAAGAUGAAGAGCCGCGUCUCAAAUAUGCUCGCCUGACCCAGAGCUUGAGUGGCUUGUAUCGUAAUGGCGAUGCGACGAGCGCAUUUCUGGUCGGAGGAGACAAAAUGAUUAUUGGGACUCACAACGGUAAUAUCAAUGUCAUUCAACUGCCUACUCUACAGCCUCUUCGAAUCUACCACGCGCACUCUGCAUCUGUUACCAGCAUCUCGAUAUCUCCAUACCCCCCUCCGCUGCCACACGACCGCAUAGAAACCCCAGCACGGCCUCAGCAGCCCCAACCCCAACCAAGUCCGCGGCCAGAUGCGUCUCCUGCCGGGGCGUCUAGGAGACCAAAAGAACCACCACAACUGCCAAGAAUACCCUCCAACGAUAUCUACAUUUCCACCUCAUCUAUGGAUGGCAAUGUUUGUGUUCAGUCGCUUCUAGACAUGAAGGACGUUCAUCUACGAAACUUCGCCCGACCCGUCCAAGCCGUUGCGCUCUCCCCGGAGUUCAAAUCUGACCGUACAUAUCUAUCCGGCGGUUUGGCUGGCCAACUCAUCCUAACGGUAGGCGGUGGCCAAGGGAGAAGUACUUCCACAACGACCGGAACGGCUGUCGCGGCUGCAUCUGGCUGGCUGGGCACCAUGGGCUUAGGGACAAACACUGGCAAAGACACGGUUCUGCACUCGGGAGAAGGUACUAUAAGCAGCAUUAAAUGGUCGCUUUCUGGAAAGUAUGUGGCUUGGUUAAACGAAUUUGGGAUCAAGUUUAUGCGCUCCAAGCUUCACCUUGAAAGUGCUGAAGCCGAGGGAGCAUGGCAUCGGAUCGGACACUGUGAUCGACCACAAACAGAGGAGUGGGAUACCAUGGCGAGCGUGUGGAAAGGUCGACUAGAAUGGGUCGAUGAGCAAGCCAUUGAGACUGAUGAGUCUCGGUUUUCAGGAGACGGUGCUGUCAACCUCGUAACCCCGACUCCCAAAAAGACUGUUGAAAGGCUCCUUGUCGGCUGGGGCUCGACCAUUUGGAUUAUUCACGUCCAUCAUGGGGCUACUAGUGGUGGAAGACACGGUCGCGAUAAGCCGUUUGGUCGAGCAGAAGUCGCCAAGAUCCUGCGGAUGGACUGCAUUAUCUCAGGAAUCUCCCUAUACACUCAGAGCACUUUGCUUGUUCUUGCAUUCUGCCCAACAGACGAUGACGAUGACGAUGACGAAACACCAGAAAAAGCAAUUCGGGGCCACAAAUCAAAUAUAUCUGCAGGAUCUGCAGGAAGUGAACCGUCUGGAGGCAAAAGACGUCGCCAAAACAACCAACCUCCCGAGUUGAGGCUUAUCGAUCUUGAUUCUCAGAUGGAAGUAGAUAAAGACCGGCUUGGCGUAAGCAGGUUUGAGCGCCUCGGCCCGGCAGACUAUCACCUCGGCCUUCUUCCAGCUCAAGCAGCAGCCACCGCAGUCGCAUCUAAAGGCGCAUUAGAAGCUCUUGCUGGUUUCGGCAACGACAUGUGGAAUGCUGCAAUUAAUCCAAAGUCGCUUUUUAGUUCUGGUGCUAGUAUAAUAAGCAAGGAUAGCGGAGAGGACACCGCCUCCGUCUCGAAGACGCUCAGUGCGACAGGAACACUUCGAAGGGGGCAGGUCAAGGGCUCAGGUCCCGUCACUAUUCACCCAAGUUUGACCAAGCCGGGCAUCAAGAUAUUCAUACACAGUCCGUAUGACUGUAUUCUUGGUACCAAAAGAGAUCUGGCGGACCACUUGGCCUGGCUCGUUGAGCACGAACAGUUCCAUUUGGCAUGGGAGCUGUUGGAUGAAAACCCUGAAAUUAUCGCGACAACACCAGAGAGGCCCGGUGACGUACCACCGGCAACUCCAUCAAAAGGCCAGGCCGCUGUGGACGAGUUCUUCGAUGGUGACUCGGUCGUGGAGUCCACCCAGCAGGACAUUCACUCCCACUCCGUUCGGGAGAAGAGACGAAUUGGAGAGCUGUGGAUUCAGCAGUUGAUAGAGAACGGCAACUGGCGACGAGCAGGAGAAGUUUGCGCCAAGGUGCUUGCUACUCCAGGCCGGUGGGAGAAAUGGGUGUGGACAUUUGUAGGCGCCAAACACUUUGACGAAAUUACACCGCAUAUUCCAUCGCAGACAAUGCACCCCCCUCUUCCAACCACAAUAUAUGAGGUAGUUUUGGGACAUUACAUCCAGAACGAUAAACCUCGGUUUCGGGAACUGCUGGAUCAAUGGUCAACAGACUUGUUUGACGUCAGAGCCAUCACCACAGCUUUGGAAAAUCAACUCAAAUUUAGGGAUGUGCAAGAGGAUAGCAUCGAAGACGGAGAGAAGGGUAGGGACUGGCUGAUUGUCAUGGAAAGCCUGGCGCGGCUUUAUGAAGCCGGCGGGCGACAUCGGGAGGCCUUGAAGUUUUAUAUCAAGCUUCACGACGCUGACUCCGUUUUCCGUCUUAUUCGUGACCGCCAUCUCGCCGAGGCCGUUGCUGAUGAUAUUCCGGGUUUCAUUGGCUUGAGAGUAUCUAGGGAAAGAAUGAAGCAAAUGACCGAACAAGACCUUGUCGAAGCGACUUCGGAGGCCAUCACCUUGCUUGUAGACGAGGCGCAGCAUGGACUUGUUCGUCCUGAUGUCGUUGUCGAGCAGCUGGAGGCUAAAGCGCUCUAUUUGUAUCUCUUUUUUUACCUCAAAGGCCUGUGGAGAGGACAGGGCAUCAGAGAACACUCUGCCGAGAAUAUUGAUCGACUAGUUAUGGAUAGUCAAUCCUUGGUGGACAGCUAUGCCGACUUGGCAGUCCACUUAUUUGCAACAUAUGACAGACCACUCUUGAUGGAGUUCCUCAAAUCAUCUACAUCCUAUACUUUUGAAAAGGCUGUGCAAGAAUGCGAGGCAUGUUCAUAUCAUGAUGAACUUGUGUAUCUAUACUCCAAGACGGGCCAAAUGAAACGAGCUCUGUACCUUAUUAUCGAUCGUCUGAAGAACGUGCAGAAAGCGAUCGAGUUUGCCAAGGAGCAGGACGAUCCAGACCUGUGGAAUGACCUUCUUGAUUAUAGUAUGGACAAGCCAAGUUUCAUUCGCGCCUUGCUGGAGCAGGUCGGCACUGCCAUAAACCCCAUUACGCUGGUGAGAAGGAUACCCGAGGGCCUUGAGAUCCAGGGUCUGAGAGAAGGCCUGACACACAUGAUGAAAGAACAUGAGCUGCAGCACAGCAUUAGCUCAGGGGUGGCUCAAGUUUUACGAAGCGAGCUUGCUGCAGCACAAAAUGACUUGAGGUCGGGCCAACAAAAGGGAAUCAAAUUUGAGGUGGUACAGCCAGGUACAGCCAAAUCUCCAAACAUGUCCAGCAAAGGCCAGGUCGGGACGGACAAAGAUGUUGGUGACAAGUCAGACAACGGGACUCUGCAACACCGCCAUACGGCACCACAACCUGGACGCUGUGCGAGCUGCCACGAGCCAUUCACCGAGUUUGAGAUGGAGACGAUACUUGGAUUUGCUUGCGGUCAUGUGUUUCAUGUCAGCCACUUGCUCGAGCUUCUUCACAAGGGAAAAAAAGCGGACAUUGAUCUCGGUGGAGCAGGCAGUGAAAAUGGGCGGUACUCGAUCGGCAUGAAGGUUAUGAGAGCCAGGCUAUUACGUGACAAGGUUAGAGAGGGCUGCCCGAUUUGUCAUUGA